CUAUGCUGCAUUCAGACUCCCCCCUCGUGUGAUGAUGUCAGUGGCUCAGUGCAACUCAGCAUCAGUAGGUUUAUCCACCGAUACCGCUAUGUCGGCUUCUGCACUAUAAAAAUAAAUUUUUACAGCUUCGAGGCUACACAAACCCGUAAUACAAAGCUUUACAACUCGAGAUUACCCGUGAAUAGUGUAAGCAGUGAGGAGAGGCUGACCGUUACACAGAAGCAGCGCUACAGAAAGGCUGAGACAAGCUGAACUAAGUAGAGGUUAAAUAACCAGCUAAACAGCCAAGGAGAGAAGAGCCUGCAAUAAGUACCUUCCAUCCCGGAGCCUUUUCUAAUAUCAUCCACUGCUGUGCUAAACUAGCAGCACCAUGACAGGUGCUUCGGUGAAGGUGGCAGUGAGAGUGCGCCCCUUCAACUCACGAGAGACUGGGAAAGAUAGUAAAUGUAUCAUCCAGAUGACUGGGAACACCACCACAAUUAUCAACCCAAAGGUACCCAAAGAGAAUAAAAGCUUCAACUUCGAUUACUCCUACUGGUCUCACACAUCACCAGAAGACAUUAACUAUGCAUCCCAGCAACAAGUGUAUAAGGACAUUGGAGAGGAGAUGCUGUUGCAUGCCUUUGAGGGCUACAACGUCUGCAUCUUUGCCUAUGGACAAACAGGGGCUGGCAAGUCCUACACCAUGAUGGGCAAACAGGAAAAAGACCAGAAAGGCAUCAUUCCAAUGCUGUGUGAAGACCUUUUCACGAAGAUCAAUGACAGCAAUAAUGACAACAGCUUGUCUUACUCUGUUGAGGUGAGCUACAUGGAGAUUUACUGUGAGCGUGUACGAGACCUUUUGAACCCCAAGAACAAGGGAAAUCUGCGUGUCAGAGAGCAUCCUUUAUUGGGACCCUAUGUCGAAGACCUAUCCAAACUGGCUGUCACCUCCUAUAGCGACAUUCAGGACCUUAUGGACUCCGGAAAUAAAGCCAGGACUGUGGCUGCUACCAACAUGAAUGAGACCAGCAGCCGUUCUCACGCCGUAUUUAAUAUCAUCUUUACACAGAAGCGGCAUGAUGCAGAAACUGAGAGCACCUCUGAGAAAGUUAGCAAAGUCAGUUUGGUUGAUUUGGCUGGGAGUGAGCGAGCUGAUUCCACAGGAGCCAAAGGCACCAGGUUAAAGGAAGGAGCAAACAUAAAUAAAUCUUUGACGACACUUGGGAAAGUUAUCUCUGCUUUGACUGAAGUUGAUUCUGGACUAAAUAAGAACAAGAAGAAAAAGAAGGUGGAGACCUUUAUUCCAUAUAGAGAUUCGGUGCUCACCUGGCUUUUGAGAGAAAAUUUGGGAGGAAACUCUCGUACUGCUAUGGUGGCAGCACUUAGUCCUGCAGACAUCAACUAUGAUGAGACGUUGAGCACCUUACGGUAUGCAGACCGAGCCAAGCAGAUCCGCUGCAAUGCAGUAAUAAACGAGGACCCCAACAAUCGUUUGGUGCGUGAGCUCAAAGAAGAAGUGUCUCGACUGAAAGAGCUUCUUUAUGCCCAAGGCCUUGGAGAUAUUAUUGAAAUGACCAGUGCCAUGACAGGGAUGAACCUCUCUCCGUCCCUCUCUGUCCUGUCCAAGCAAGCUGGAUCCAUUACCAGCCUUCAUAACCGCCUCAUGUUCAGUCCAGGCAGUGAGGAGACCAUUGAGAGGCUUAAGGAAACAGAGAAAAUUAUUGCCGAGCUCAAUGAAACUUGGGAGGAGAAGCUUCGUCGCACAGAGGGAAUUCGAAUGGAACGAGAGGCCCUCCUGGCAGAAAUGGGUGUGGCCAUGCGAGAAGAUGGGGGCACAGUUGGGGUCUUCUCACCUAAGAAAACACCUCAUUUGGUGAACCUCAAUGAAGAUCCACUAAUGUCAGAAUGCCUCCUUUACUACAUCAAAGAUGGAAUAACCAGGGUGGGACGUGAGGAUGCCUGUAGCCGCCAAGACAUUGUCCUGAGUGGACACUUUAUUAAGGAUGAACACUGCACUUUCACCAGCACCACUGGUCCUCUUGGAGAAACAGUCUUUCUGGAGCCAUGUGAGGAGGCAGAGACCUAUGUAAAUGGCAAAAGGGUGACUGAGCCCACUAUUCUCCGAUCAGGAAACCGCAUCAUCCUGGGUAAGAGCCACGUGUUCCGCUUCAACCAUCCAGAGCAGACGCGUCAGGAGCGUGAGCGUACUCCCUGCUCAGAGACCCCAGCGGAAGCUGUAGACUGGGCCUUUGCACAGAGGGAACUGCUGGAGAAACAGGGCAUUGACAUGAAGCAGGAGAUGGAGCAGAGGCUACAGGAACUCGAAGACCAGUAUCGCAAGGAGAGAGAAGAAGCUAACAAUCUCCUGGAACAACAGAGACUGGAUUAUGAGAGUAAGCUAGAGGCACUUCAGAAGCAAGUAGAUGGCUAUUACCCAGAAGUCACUGAAGAAGAUGAACCAGAAGAGGAAGUUCCGUGGACGGAGCAUGAAACUGAUCUUGCGCUUUGGGCUUUCCGGAAGUGGAAGUGUUACCAGUUCACAUCCCUGAGAGAUCUGCUAUGGGGGAAUGCAAUCUUCCUGAAGGAAGCUAAUGCCAUAAGUGUGGAACUGAAGAAAAAGGUCCAGUUCCAGUUUGUGCUGCUGACAGACACUCUGUACUCGCCACUGCUGCCUGACCUGCUGCCUCCUGAUGCAGCCGAAGAGCGAAAAAAGCAGCCCUUCCCCCGCACCAUCGUGGCGGUGAAAGUUCAGGACUUGAAAAAUGGUGCCACGCACUACUGGACCCUGGAGAAGCUCAGGCAGCGGUUGGAGCUGAUGCGCGAGAUGUAUGACCGGGCAGCAGAGGUGCCCAGCUCCGCAGCAGAGGACUGUGACUGCUUGGUGACCGUUGGGGACCCUUUUUAUGACCGCUUUCCCUGGUUCCGUCUGGUCGGCAGGGCUUUUGUAUAUCUUAGCAACCUUGUUUAUCCAGUGCCACUGGUUCACCGAGUGGCCAUUGUCAGUGAAAAAGGGGAGGUCAAGGGCUCCCUGAAGGUGGCUGUCCAGGCUAUUUCAGCCGAUGAAGAUGCCCCAGACUGUGGUUCGGGAGUGCGACAGUCAGGGACUGCCAAGAUCUCCUUUGAAGACCAGCAAUUUGAGAAUUUCAAGUUCUAUACUGCGGGUUUAGCUCAUUCUGGGGUAUCUCAGGAGGAACUACGUAUCGUGGAAGGAGAGAGGCAGAACUUUGAGAGUGGGCCUUCUGCAGAUGAGGUCAACAACAAUACCUGGGCAGCUUGCACAGAGGAACUGGAGAGUCCACUGAAGACUCAGCUGGAUAAGCCUUUGGACAGAUCCCUGGAACACCUCAAAAUUGGAAGUGCCUUCACUUUUAGGGUGACGGUCCUGCAGGCUUCUAGCAUCCCUGCAGAGUAUGCUGAUAUUUUCUGCCAGUUCAAUUUUAUCCACCGACAUGAUGAGGCCUUCUCUACUGAGCCACUGAAGAACACUGGUCGUGGACCACCGUUGGGUUUCUACCAUGCACAGGAUAUUGCAGUAGAUGUGACAAAGACAUUUGUGGAGUACAUUAAGACUCAGCCCAUUGUUUUUGAAGUUUUUGGGCACUACCAGAAGCAACCCUUUCUGCCUCUUUGCAAAGAUCUUAUCAGUCCUUUGCGUCCUUGUAGAAGGCAGUUUCCACGGGUUAUGCCACUAUCCAAACCAGUACCAGCCACCAAACUGACCACAUUGAGACGUCCUACUGUUGGAUCAUGCCACUGCAAGUAUGACCUCAUGGUCUUCUUUGAAAUAUGUGAGCUGGAAGCCAAUGGAGACUACCUCCCUGCAGUGGUGGAUCAUAUAGAAGGAAUGCCAUGCCAUGGGACCUUCCUGCUGCACCAGGGUACCCAGAGGAGAAUCACUGUGACCAUAGUGCACGAGACAGGACAUGACAUUGAGUGGAAUGAGGUGAAGGAGCUGGUUGUAGGUCGCAUUCGCAAUACCCCUGAAACAGAUGAGACUAUCAUCGACCCCAACAUCCUCUCCCUGAACAUCCUGUCUGCAGGUUACAUUUGCCCCAUGCAGGACGACAGACAGUUCCUCGAUUCAGAUAUGCCCAGGACCUUUUUCCGCUUCGAGGCAGCGUGGGAUAGCUCCAUGCAUAACUCCUUGCUGCUGAACCGUGUUACUUCAUAUGGCGAGAAAAUCUACAUGACACUGUCUGCUUAUUUGGAGAUGGAGAACUGCACUCAGCCGGCAGUGAUAAAUAAGGACUUCUGCAUGGUGUUUUACCCGCGGAAUGCCAAAACAGCUGCUUCCCGCUCAAUCCGCAAUCUUUUUGGCAGUGGCAAUCUGAAGGCAUCAGAGAGCGGGCGUGUUACUGGUGUAUAUGAAGUUUGCCUCUGUCGUCUAGGAGAUGCUGGAAGUCCAGGCAUGCAGAGGAGGCGCAGGAGAGUUUUAGACACCUCCGUGGCAUAUGUGCGUGGGGAGGAGAAUUUGGCUGGUUGGAGACCCCGCAGUGACAGCCUCAUCCUAGACCAUCAGUGGGAGCUGGAGAAACUCAGUCUCCUGCAGGAGGUCGAGAAAACGAGGCACUACCUGCUCCUGAGGGAGAAGCUGCAAGCCACACUGAUGCAGGACUAUGAGUCUAACAAGAAGGAGGGGCUCUCCCAACAAUCCCCCUCAGGCAAAGCCACUCUGGAGAACCCGCUUACCCUGAACCAGCCCAGCGAGAGGCAGAGAGAGCUGGCUACCAAGUGUCUGCGGCUUCUCACUCAUACCUUCAACAGAGAGUUUAGUCACGUAUGCAUCAGUGCCAGCGAAAGCAAGUUGUCUGAGAUGUCAGUGACCUUGCUGAAGGACACUUCCUCAACCUCUGCUCUGAGUACACUGACCCCUUCUUCCACAUGCCCCUCAUUGGUGAAUGGGCACUAUGGUAACAUAGAGCUCAGAACUCCAGUGCUAUGUCCGCAAAUUGUCAGCCCUGAUCCUGACUUCCUGCUCAAGGGACGGAUAAAAAUUUCUCCCAAUAGAGUCCUUGAGCCUGAGGCAAGAAUGCAAACCUUUGUACCCGAGAUUCAGGAAAUGCGUGUGAGCCCAGUUGUAUCCAAAAAGGGCUCCCUGCAUUUCCUUGAGCCACAUACCAACGGUUGGGUGAAGCGCUACGUGGUGGUCCGCCGGCCAUACGUCUAUAUUUACAACACUGACAAGGACGGUGUGGAGAGGGCCAUACUCAACCUAUCGUCAGCACAGGUUGAGUACAGUGAAGACCAGCAGGCCAUGCUCAGAACCCCUAACACAUUCGCAGUUUGCACUGCACAUCGUGGAAUUCUGAUCCAAGCCAGCAGUGACAAAGAGAUGCAUGACUGGCUUUAUGCCUUUAAUCCACUCCUUGCUGGAUCUAUUAGAUCUAAGCUUUCCCGAAGAAGAGCUGCCCAGAUGAGCAUAUAAGACCACCAGUAAUAUAAUUCUCCAAUAAUCUUUGUCAAUUACAAUUACUUUUAGGUAAAAGACAAACAUUGUCUUUGUACAUUUGAAUAAGUAUUCCAGCUCUGUGGUGAUUCUCUUCUAUAUCUGACCCUUCUCGUCCCUUAUUAUAUUACGUUUCUUCUUAUGUGUCUUCCAGCACAACGAAACUAGUAAAUUCAGGAGUUAAUUACCCCAGACUUUGUUUUGAUUUUGUUACUAAUGAGCCAAGUAAUGUAGAUAUUGUUUUGCAUUUCAGCCAGGCUAUACUUCACUAGAAAAUUACAUACAAGCAAAAUGAAAGGUUGUAGGUGUGGGGUGAGGAGAUGAUGUCUAAUUACAGUAAUAUACUUGUAUUUAUAGCCGCAGAAAAAAUAUACAGACCACAGCACAAUUUUUUGAAUCACUUAUGAAGGGCUUCUUCCUUGCUGAAUGAGACUUCAGUCCUGCUUCUAGGUACCUGAUACGAUCUGUCCUAGCAGUGAACUUCACACCUACACUUAAUGUUUCCCAUUCCUUUUUAAGGUCACUUGAUGUCAUUCUAUGGUCAUCUUUGGCAUUAGAAAGUUGUUUCCUCCUUUACCUGGCUGGUUUAUGGUUCUUCCUGGUGUCUCCUGCUUCAACUUAUUUUUGUGUACUGAUGUCUUAGAAAUUCUGAACCUGGAAGCAACCUGCUGCUCACCGUAGCCUUCUGCCAGCAGAAUCGUGAUCAAAAAUCCAGAUUUGUUUAAAAAUAUAGAGUGGUCUCAAAUUUUUCCAUGGAUGUACUUGCGUCUUCUCCCUUCAACAGUGUUUUGGGUUAUUUUUUUGUGUACUAAGAACAUAAGAGCAUCACUUGUCUACAUAUUGGGUCUGCACAAUAAGUGUAGCUAAUAUAUUCUAUACAAGAGUCUGUCUUGUAUUGAAAUCAGGAAUUUUACAUGCACAGUAUAAUCCUAGUGCAUUGGUACGAUAUAAACCUGUCCACUGGAUUAGAUUGACAAAACCAUUACGUUGUAUCAUAAACUUUAUGUGUAAUGUGUGUUCCAUAAUGAACUGUGUGCAAAAAUAAAUUAUUGAACUAAUGUUA